AUGCUGCGGGUCUUGGACUUGGAUCGAUCUCACAGGCUUACGCGCCGAGAAUUUGUUUGCGCCGUAGCCAUUCAAAAACUUGCCAGUCCUGCAGAGGCGCCUAUAUUGUUUGAAAUGCUAUGCCAUGGUCAACCUGGCCUGUGUGGCCACUCUCAUCACUCGGCCACGGCAGUUGUGAAAGUGGACGCCAUGAAGUGGCUCUACUUAAUUGCAGCCCGUGCUGAAGAUCUUCCAAUUUCGGAAGGGAAGAAGGAUCAAGAAGAUCAAGAAGCGGACCAGAAAGGUCUUGGCAAGGGACGGGAAAAAGGUGGUAUCCGGACGUUGAGAAGGGUUUGGACAGAGACACCUGCCGUCUUCAAACGGCUAAAGGAAGAGCAAGAGAAAAAGGUGGAGGAGAUGCUGAAGCUCCAGAAGAGCUUAAAGCAAGUCGAAACACGGCCCCAGAUUUCCCAGCCUUCCCACGUGCACACGGUCCUGUACGAAGAUGCCAAGCGGCGCGAGAAUGCUCGACGAGAGGCUUCAGAGCCCGUGGUAAAAGCUGGUCGACCUCAUGACCAAGAGUACAUCGAACGUUUGGCACAGAAGGCACCAGCGAAGGAAGCUGAAGAGGUCUCCGGACCGAAAAGGGCUGUGAACUUGAGCCGCCUGACCCAAUUGGCCAAUGAGCGUCGGAUAUGGCAUGACCAAAGAGAAAAACAAAGGCAAGCAAAGAUCAAAGAAAAAACGGAGAUCUGCGAGCAAGCUGCCAUCCAGCUUAGAGAAGACGUGGCGAGGAAGUCUCGGAUGACAAUGGCUCUUCGGCACUGGAGACAACUGCUAGCACAGGUGGUCAUUGUUGCUGCGUUUGCCCCCGGACUCAACGCGCACGGCGAGGAAGAGAAAGGAGGCGUGUGGCAACUCUUGGCCCUCGCAGCUGGCAGCUCCAAGGCCCACUUGCGACUUGCUGAGGACCAUGAUGAUGUGCUGUCCAUUGCAGGCGGUGCCAGCCUGAGCUGGAAAGAUCGCGCUCGCAUCACCAUGGCAGCCAGACUGAAACUUCUGGUGAGAUUCAAGCAGGUGGAAGAGCACUGGGGAUGUGCUUUGGACGAGCUGCUAGAAGGCAUGAAUCCCGAUGUACCACGCAACCUGGACAAGCAGCCCAAAUCGGUACAGGGACUUGAGCCAGCUGCAGUUGCUCUACCAGCAGAACUUGCGGCUACGCAGCAGUGUGCGCCCUUUGAAGGCGCGGACUCAUUUGUUCGCCUGGAAUCCUUGCGGGACGCUGGGCCACUGGAACAUGCUAGGUCUGGUGCAGCCAUCUGCAGUGCCUCAACGACCCCAGAUGGUGAGGCCUGCAAGUACAGCGAAGCUUUGGAGCUUCACCUCCAGAACUCAGAGGCCAAAGUUCGGCAAAAAACGGUGACAUUCUUGGGCCUGGGACUUAGUCCGACUCGAGACUUCAAAGGCCGUUGCUUUCUGGCCUGGUUGCAGUUGUCGUCUUCAAUCACCUGUUUCGAUGUCACGCUCAGAGGUCAUCUCGGUGAGAAGGCACAUCCUUCCCAUGCUGCCGUUGUGGCAGAUCGAUUUCAGGAUUCAGACCCAGCAAUUUUUGCAGUCACGGCUGUCGCACUGGCGCGCAUGGGUAAACCUGGAGCUGCUGCGCUAGCCUCCCAGCUGGGCAAUGGACAACCCGAUAUUGAGCAGCAGGUAGCUUGUGAAGCGCUGGGUCGAAUGCCAAAUUUCCAAGCAGCGGUGAAGCAUCUGAAAUCCCUGACCAGACGGCUGCAGGAUCAAGGAAACACACGAAGAGCAGCAGCUGAAGCCAUUUGCCGCUUGACCUCCUUAGCUGCAGAGGAGGCUGGUGCGUUUGAGCCUUGUGUAGGCAUCUUAGGAGGAGGUGCCUUGGGAUGGAAUCGGAUCGAUACGCUUGAGGGUCAAACCAAAGUGGUGCAACCGGACCCGAGGAUUGAUCCCAAGAUUCAUGUCACUUUCCUUGAAGUGAACAAGAAGGAUGGCGGAUCCGUGCGAUUCAGCCCAUUGAAAUUUACUCUGUGUGAUCUGGUUUUCCGAACUUCCUGCUUGAUUGAGGGCACAAAGGCCCAACUGAUGGGUGCAGCCGCAGUGAAGGGUGUGCAUGCCGGUGCCAAGAAAGUCGGAGUGGAUGCUGGCAGUAAAGCAGUUUGGCUGGCUGGCAAAGCGGUGGCAGCUGCGGAAAUGGCAGAGGAUGCCAUCAGCAUGAAGAGUGCCACAGAGCGGACAAUCAAAGUCGACGUGACCGUGGACUUGGUCAAGGAGCUGGACGUUGAAGAGGUCGCUGUUAAGAUCAAAGACUUCCACACAGAUGUCGUUGUGGCAGAAAAAGUGCUCAAGGUCAAGGUCAUCCGAGACUUUGUUGAGAGGGCGAUCUCAGCCAAAGCCAGCGAGAUUGCCACACGGUGCGCGCCAGUGCGUGCAGCGGCAUCCACCGCAUUGGCUCACCUGGGGAAAGCUGGUGUGGAAGCCUUUGUUGAAGUUCUGGAGCAUGCGAUGCCCUCCAAAGAUGACGAAGGAAGUCUGCGUGCCCUGGAGACAGCAGCGGCACUGCAUGGCCUGCGGUACUGCUCGGACGAGUUGUGUUGUCCAGCGGUUGAUCUCAUCCUGCGCCGCUUGGAUGAUCCAUCGAAACGUGUGCAGCUGGCUGCAGAGGCCACGUUAAGAAGUUUGGGACCUCUUUGCGCUGACUUGAUCGCUGAAAAGUUGAAAGCUGAAGACCCCGAAGAGCGAGAGCUGUUGGUUGUUGCUCUGGGCUGCGUGGGAUCUCCGAAUGCACUGCCAUAUACCAACAUGUUGGUUGCACUGCUGGAUCCCAAAACUGAAGGUUCCUCAAAGGUUCAAAUUGCAGCAGCAGAGGCUCUUUCGAAGUGUGGCCCGCAGACUGGACAUGCGGCGGCAGUUGCUCUUGCGGAAUUUUUGAGCAAAGCAGGGGAGGAGGAAGCGAAAACAGCUGCGAAGCAGGCAUUGAUCUCCCUGAAGGAGGCGGCCAUUGAAGUUUUGCCUGGCCUCUUGGGUCACCAGCAUCCCAUCAUCAAGUGUGCGGCCUUCGAUAUCCUAGAAUCACUUGGAGAUGGGUCGGGUGUAGUAAAGGAAAUCACCGCCUGCGCGUCCGAUAGAGACGCGAAGGUGAGACAAAGAGCAGUUCAGGCCUUGUUGUUGUUGAAAGAUCCCACGGUGCCACUUCGAUUGCUCCCAAAUCUGAUGGAAGAUAUUGACCGAGGAGUGGCCAACUUGGCCAUUUCCAUCAUUGGUAAAAUGGGCAAAUCAGCUUCAUCCCUUGCAGCUUUGGUCUCCAAACAGCUGAAGAGUGCCGAGACGGAUCAGCGUCGUGCGGCCAGUUGGACACUGGGACAGCUGGGCGAACUGCCCAGCAGCACGAUGAAGGUCAUCAUCACGCAGCUCAGGAACGAGAAGAACGAUGAUAUACGGAGUCUUUUAAUUCAAGCCAUUGGAGCACAAGGACCUGGGGCUGGAUCCUUUGUGUCUUCUUUGGGCCCUGAGUUCAAGGAGGCGUCGCCUCCAGUGCGGCAGGCGCUCCUUGAAGCCUUUGGGAACAUUGGAACAGCAGCCGGGGAGAUGGCUCCAGCCAUGGUCGCUUUCGCGCUGGCUGAAAAGGAGAGUCUGCCGCAAGUCAUCCAGGCAUUGGGAUGCAUGGGGGAAGCUGCGGCCUUUGCACUCUCAGCGCGCUUGGAGGACCCGAAUGCAAGCAUCAGAGUCUUUGCCUUGGAGGCCUUGCAGCUCCUGGCAGAGCUACCAUCCACGCAAGAAGCGGUGUCCGCAGUCAUGCGAGCUUUGCAGGAUACAGCUCCGGAAGUACAGGGGGCUGCUUGCGUCACAGCUGCAAUGUUGGCCAUUGAGCAGGUGAAGCAGGAAUCAGAGAUCCCGCAAGCAGAGGUGGAAGAGCAGGAAGAUAAGCUCUAUCAGCUCAAAGUUGAAAGUGGCCUCGCUAGAAGAAGAGGCAAAGAUCAGGCUUCCGUAGUGGCCCAGAAGCUGUCCCAGCUCUUAAGUGAAAGCAGUAGUCUGGAGGUGCAGGGCGGUGCUCUUCAUGGCUUGUGGAAACUUGGUGGUAACUUCACGGCGCCCUAUGCAGAGGUGAUUGCGGGCAUGGCAAGUUCGAGCUCUGCGAGCCUCAGGAAAACAGUUUUCCUCACGCUGGGAGAUUUUGCAGAGCAUGCAGUCCCAUUCGCCGGCGUCUCAGUUGACUUCUUGACUCUCGCUUUCCCCGUAGGGUCGGUUCUGACGGAGCUGCUUUGGAACAAGGUGGAAUUGAUGGUUUCGCACCUUGGAGUUGAAGGCCAUGGUCAGGAGGUGGACUUGGAAGUGCAGCUCGCCGUGGCGCAAGCAUUUACCACCAUGGGCAUGCUGGGAGUGGAAGCAGCUCCCUUCCUGGCCAAGCGCUUGUUGGGCGUACAGUCUGAUGAUGCCAGCGAUCCAGAGGAGAUUUCCAAGAAGAAGCAAAUGGCACCUGGCACCAUUGCAUCGACCUUGAGUCCGGCAGAGCCGGCCUCCAUGGCAAGACGGCCUGGUCCGCGCAAUAGCGCAUUGGAUUGGGAAGCAUGGCAGCUACAGCCUUUUCACGAGGACGAGCUGGAUGCAGGCUUUCCAGAUGCGGAAGCGCAUGAGGAGGUUGCGCCUGCAGCGCAGCAAGCUGUGGAAGUUCAGAGAGCUUGUAUUCGAGCGCUGGGGAGCAUGGGUUUAGCAGGUGCUCAGAUCCUCACGGAGUGUUUUCACUAUCCGGAUCCAGACAUGCAGGCUGCUAUGCUGAAUGAAUUGAGGACUGUGCCAGAGGUGCACUCAUCAAUGAUCAACAAGCUGGAGGAUGGGUACAAGAUGGUGCGACAAGCCGUGGUUGAGUUUGUCUUCCAUUUGGCUGAGAUCGGCAAAGUCAGCGAGAUCUUGGUUCCUGGUCUGGCAGACGAAGAUGCGUACGUUAGGCACCUGCACCUGCAAGCUCUGGGGCUUUUGGAGGAUCUAGCACAAGACCAAGCUGCAUCAGUGGCUUUGCGCCUUCGUGACCAGUGCUGGUCAGUCAGGGCCUGUGCUGCGAGAACGCUACACCUCAUUGGGCCUCCAGCGGUACCAGUCCUGACCUCCAGCUUGGAGGAUGAGAACGCAGAGAUGCGAGCCGCUUGCCUAGAAGGUCUAGGUCACUUGGGUGAGAUGGCGAGUUCUUCGGCGGCAAAGAUUGUAAGUUGCUUGGCGGACCAAGAGGAGAUUGUCCUGGCCCAAACCUUCCAGACCGUGAAGAAGAUUGGAACUGCUGGUCCAGAAGAACUUGCAACCUGCAUCCAAAGUACCACCAAACCUCAGGUGCAAUUGCGAGCAGUACAAGCUUUGGGCGAGUUUGGCAAGGCUGCAUCAGCCUACGCACCAGUCAUUGCUGGAUUGCUCGGCUGUGGUGUGAAGAAUUUGGAGGAAACUGCAGUCAGCGCGUUGAAAUGCAUGGGUCUCCCAGCAGCUGUAGCGGUUACGCCAAUUCUGGUGCACCGCACGCCACCUGUGCAUGACCCCGACAACAUGGAUGAUGAAGAGAUGCAGGAUGCCCAGAAGCAACGGCGUCUAUCUGCAGCAUCCGCCUUGAGAACCUUUGGCGAGGAGAUCAGUGCUGGCCAAGCUCAGCUAGUGGGAAGCUGUCUCCUUGACCCGGACUCGCAGAUUCGAAACGAGGCAGUGGAGACGCUGAAGAUCCUCGGUGAGUCUGGUGCAGCUACAUUUGGUGCUUACACGGACCCUGCGGUCGGAACAAAGCUUGAAGCCCGAGUUUUGGCCAUCGAAGCUCUUGGAAAGCUGGGCCUGUUCGCCCUGCCGUGGAUUCCGCAGUUGGCCAAGUGCCUGGAGGACGCUGCAGCAGAGGUGCGGCGGGUCGCCGCGGUGGCCCUUGGAGAGUUGGCUGAAGAGCACAGCGCUGCGGUCGCAGACUUCGUGAAGGAAAUUGCUGCGUGCCUUCGCGAUGGUGAUGCUCUGACACGACGGAGAUGCAUCGAAUGCCUCGGCAAAUUGGGCAACUCGGCAAAGCCCUUCGUGGAAGACAUGGUCCACAUUUUGGAAGGUAUCGACAGCUGGAAUUGGGUACCUGUGGCUGAAGCACUAUCCAGACUUGGUGCUGCAACUCCAGAGCAUGCUGAUAUCCUGGCUGGCAAUCUGACACAUGACUCCCGCUCCGUCAGAUGGAGUGCUGCCUCUUCUCUGGGGAAACUGGGCGAGAUGGCAAAGGAUCACGUGGAUGCCUUGGUCAAUUUGCUGCAAUCCGAAGAUGCAUCCCUUAGAUGUGUAGGGACACAGACGCUGAUGCAGGUUGCAAAGGGUGUCAACUUGGAAGACAAAUUCCUUCCGCUGCUCAUGGAUCCUGACACAAACACGCGAGAGCAAGCUUGUCUUGCCCUGGCUUCUCACUGUGAUGGUGAGGGAUUGGAGAAGCUCCUGAUGAAGUUGCACGAUCCUAAACCUUUCGUCCGCCGUGCUGCAGCAGCAACCCUCGGGGAGCUUGGGCAAGAUGCUGCUGACUGCGCAGGGGAUGUCCUGAAGCUAUUGUUCGACAGCAACAGCUACGUUUGUGCCACAGCCGCACGAGCCCUGGUGGCUUUCGGCGCUGAGGGUGCCAAGACAUUGAUGGACAGGUUGUUGGACGAAGAUGAGGAUGAUCAACUUGAUGUUGAAUCGAGUGUUUUGCAGAGAAUCAUGCUGGAUGCCAUGCAGGCAGUUGAUGCUGAAUUUAUUGAGCCCUACCUUCACGUGCUGGUGGUCUUUUUGGCCGCAAAUCAGCCUGAAAUUCGGCUUGCCGCUUGGUCCUGCCUUUCUAAGGUGAGUGACAAAGGUUUUCAGUCCUUGGUGAAGGGAGCCCAGGAUUCCCACAUCGUGGUUCGCAAAGGGGUUGCGGAGGCCAUUGCAUUCUUGCUCUCUGGCAGAGAACAAUCUGGUGACCCUACGUUCAUGGAGAAGGAGGCGACAGAAACCUUGGCCCAGCAGCUCACAGAUCCGAGCAUCGCUGUACGAGUGCAAGCUGCUGAGGCCUUUCGUCGCAUUGGUGGGCCUUUGGCAGAAGCCCAUUCAGAGGCUCUAGCCAACCGACUGCAGGAGCAUGACAUUCGCGUGUACUGUCCUGUGAUGGACACACUGGGUGCCAUGGGAAAAGCGGCAGCACCUUACAUCGCGCUAUUGAAAGCGCGCCUGGAGGUGCCAGAAGUCAAAGUUAGAGCCAGCGCAGUGAGAGCACUUGGAGGAAUAGGUGAGCCAGCAAUGCCUUCCGCAUCGCUGCUGGUUCUGCGGCUGGAAGAGGAUUCCAAUGUCGAGGUGAAACUGUUUGCUGUUGAGGCUUUGGGGGAAAUUGGCAGCGCCAGUGUGCAAGCUGCCGGGCAGAUUGCCAAAGUGCAUGCCAACUGCCUAGCCUCCCAUAUGAUCAUGGAUGAGGCAUGUUUGCGGCGAGCAUGUGCUCGAACCCUUGGACGCCUUGGCCCGCAUGCCAGUAGCUGCCUCCAUGAGUUGGUGCUGGCACUGGGCGACUCAGACUUGGAGGUCCGAAAAGAAGCUGCAAAUGCUUUGACUGGCAUUGGCGAAGCUGCCGCACUCGAAAUCGUGGCUAUCAUCCGCAGCGCGGAAGAUACUGUGGAUCUACACCUUGCCUGAUGCACUUUGCGUCCGAUAAUACCCUGCUGGACACAGCCUUUGCGCUCUGGCGCUAGGUGAACUGCCAAUGGCAUGCCACCAAUCCGAGCUCCGCCACAAGCGGACAUGUUGGACGUGUGGGACGUGUUCAAGAUGGUUGUAGCCAGGACUUGCC